AUGGAAGCUCUUCUUGACAAAUUACAAUCAAAUGCAAGGAAGCCUCCCCAAGUAGUUUAUGUUACUUCUGAGUCUCCAUAUGGGAGUGAUAAAGACAAUUCAAAAGCCUCCUUGUUGCGACGAAAGCAAAAACGUAGAGAUCCAAGGCCGGGAGUGCUUUCUACUGAACCAGUACAACAACCUUCUCAGAUUGUUGAGUCCGCUCAAGUUACUCAUGAUGUUCAAAGUCCGAUUAUUGAGCCAGCUCAAGUUAUUCAAGAUGUUCAAAGUCCAAUUAUUGAACCAGAUCAGGCUCAUCAAGAUGUUCAAAGUCAAAUGACUAAUGUGGAAACAUUUGCUUCGGGAAGCUCUUCUGCCCCACCACCUCCAGAGCAUGAUGCUGCAUCUGUCAAACUAGCCAAGUUACUUGCUUUUCAAGAUUCCAUUUCUCAAUCCAAAGGAAAAGGAAUAUCUAUUGGCUCCAGGCAAGGAGGUGAUGAAGACUACCAUCAAAACAUCUCUGAGCUCAAACAAGAGAUUAUGUUUUUGAAUCAGGAGUCCAUUGAGAGGGACUUACUGAUUGGUAGUCUGGAUGUGAGAGUUUCUAACCUUGAACAGGAGAACUCUGUUAAAGAUGCGAAGAUUUUUGUACUUCAAGAAAAUAUUGGUGGUCUAACUGCUUUAUUAUUUGACCUGAAAUAA